GCAGGGCGAGGAGCCGCGCCGCCAUUUUGUCUCUGUCACUCUCAGCGGCGGCGCGGUCGGUUGGGGAGGCGAGGCGGCGGCGGCGCCGGUGUUUGGCAAGGGGGGAUUCGGUCAGGACGACACGAUGAUAUCGGCCGCCCAGCUCCUAGAUGAGCUUAUGGGCCGGGACAGAAACCUGGCCCCGGAUGAGAAGCGCAGCAACGUGCGGUGGGACCAUGAGAGCGUUUGUAAAUACUACCUUUGUGGCUUUUGCCCAGCUGAAUUAUUUACGAAUACCCGUUCUGAUUUAGGUCCUUGUGAAAAAAUUCACGAUGAAAAUCUACGUAAACAGUACGAAAAGAGCUCUCGUUUUAUGAAAGUGGGCUACGAAAGAGACUUCUUACGCUAUUUACAAAGCUUACUUGCAGAGGUAGAACGCAGGAUUCGAAGAGGCCAUGCUCGUUUGGCACUGUCACAGAAUCAACAGUCUUCUGGGGGAGCGGGACCUACCGGUAAAAAUGAAGAGAAGAUUCAGGUGUUAACGGACAAAAUUGAUGUACUUCUACAACAGAUUGAAGAACUAGGUUCAGAAGGGAAGGUGGAAGAGGCACAAGGAAUGAUGAAACUUGUUGAACAGUUAAAGGAAGAGAGAGAAUUGCUGAGGUCUACAACUUCAACAAUUGAGAGCUUUGCAGCCCAAGAAAAGCAAAUGGAAGUUUGUGAAGUUUGUGGAGCCUUUUUAAUUGUAGGAGAUGCACAGUCCAGGGUAGAUGACCACUUGAUGGGAAAGCAGCACAUGGGUUAUGCCAAAAUAAAAGCUACUGUAGAAGACUUAAAAGAAAAGUUACGAAAAAGAACAGAAGAACCUGACCGUGAUGACAGGUUAAAAAAAGAGAAACAAGAACGAGAAGAGAGAGAGAAAGAGAGGGAACGGGAAAGAGAAGAGCGGGAAAGGAAGAGACGACGUGAAGAAGAAGAAAAGGAAAAAGAGAGGGCUCGUGAUAGGGAGAGACGUAAAAGGAGCCGUUCACGGAGUAGACAUUCAAGCAGAACAUCUGACAGAAGAUGCAGCCGUUCACGAGAUCACAAAAGAUCAAGAAGCAGAGAAAGAAGGCGAAGCAGGAGCCGUGACCGAAGAAGAAGCAGAAGUCAUGAUAGAUCAGAAAGAAAACAUAGGUCUCGUAGUAGGGACAGAAGACGAUCAAAAAGCCGCGAUCGGAAAUCCUACAAGCACAGAAGCAAAAGCAGAGAGAGAGAACAAGACAGGAAGUCAAAAGAAAAAGAAAAGAGGGGAUCUGAUGAUAAAAAAAGUAGUAUGAAGUCCAGUAGUCGAGAAAAACAGAGUGAAGACACAAAUACAGACUCGAAGGAGAGUGAUACUAAGAAUGAGGUCAAUGGGACCAGUGAAGACAUUAAAUCUGAAGGUGACACUCAGUCCAAUUAAAACUGAUCUGAUAUGACCUCAGAUCAGACAGAGGUAAGUGCAUUAUUUCAAACUUUGAUUAGGGCUUUUUGUUACUGUUUAACAGUGCAGCGUAAGUAUGCACAGAUGAAGAUGGAACUAAGCCAAGUAAGAAGACAUACUAAAGCACCUUCUGAAGGAAAAGACAGUGUAGUCCUGCAAAACAUUUUGAGGUACAUUGUUUUGUCUCAGCUAUUUUGUAGCAGACUCGUGCCCCCAUUAGUGUGCCUCUUUGGGACAUAUUUGUAAUAUAGUCACAAUAGAAAAAUUAAUUAUCCUUUUUUAUUUUUAGGGAUUUUGUUAUCGUUUUUUUUUUAAAAAAAGUUGAACUGUUUUUGUAUUUAAGUCCAUAUUGUGUUGGUACAUCAGCAGAAACUUUUGCUUUAAUACUUAAUAUUUGAGGCACAUGUUGGACUACUUUGUUUUCAUAUAAACUGCUAGUAUUUCUUUGUCAAGGAUGUUUCUAGUUUUUUUGCUUUAUUGCCUUGCAUUCUAAUGCAGUUUGUUCUGUAACUCGAGAGCCAGUAGCAUUGGAUUGAUGGAAGUGUAGGGUUUAUGAAUUAUUGCAGCUGACUACCAUACCUCACACAGCGUUGGUGUUGUGAGCGGCCCAUGAAAAGCCAAAUUAAAAAUCAAGGAUUCAGUCAAACUAAGCAGGUACUCAUGCCAGGUACUCCUUUCUCUACCCACAUCCAUGUUUGAAUGCUGUUGCCUGUAAUCUUUAAGCUUACUGUUGUGUUUUGAUUUUCAAGAUAGUGAAAAGGACUUUUUGUGUAUUGUGUGAAUACUGUUAAAUCUGAUGUUAACAGAAUGGAAUUUUCUUUCAACUGUAUGUAGGGAUGCAGUGCUGCCCAGAAUUAGAUAUCUUUAAAGAGUUUAAAAUGCAAUAAACACUACAUAAUAAUCGCCUUGUUACUUUCAAUGCAAUUCAAGUCUUUAAGAGGUAUGUGUUUAAUAUUUCCUACUGUGUAGGAGAAUUUGCAAUCAGCCAUAGUACAGAGAAGUGGAAUGGCUGAUAACAGACUUCUAAGGCAAAUGUAAAUACAGAGACAGAUGCCACCAAAUGAUUACAAUGUUCAUGGCAAGAAUGUAUGCUGAGAAUACCAUUUGUUGGAAAUGAAACAGCUAAACAAUGGGAAAUACAAAUGCUGUAUUAAAAGGAAAACUUGAAGUUUUUUCCCCACUCUUGACAUAGCUUUCUUACUCUUACAGAAGGUCUUUAGUUGUAUUCCUGAAAUAAGGAACUAACAAUGGAGAGUACAGCUGAUAAAUGAGCUUCUUGCAACAUAAUUUGUUACUGUAGUUUCGUUAUUUAUGCUAGGAACUCUUAAGCACUUAAUGUUGAUCAUUAAAUUAUUCAUGCUAUGUUAUUGCUUCUAAAGUCAGUCAUGUUCAAUGUUGACAUUUUUGUAGAGUUAAGAUGACAGCUAACAACUGGGCCAAUAUGUAAGAAUGGUAAACUAAAUGCUCUUAAUGCUGUCUAAUUGUCUGUUUUCCCAAAAUUUUGCAUUAUAGGACUGCUACAUGAAGAACCUGCGAAGACAGUGGAAGACAGCUUAAACUGAAGAUCUGCAUUAAAAUGAGGUGAAAGAAAGCUGUAGUGGCGUAGAAAAAUAUAAAGUUGAGUUAGAAAUUUUUUUUUUUAAAUAAAAUUUAAUUCAGGACUGGUGUUUCCUCCCAGAGUUCAGAAAGAUGUGUUGAUAAUAGCACAUAUGCUACUGAGAAUAUAAGUCCUGUAUCCUUUUUUUCUUUAAGACUUUUUAAGAUAAGAAACCAACAUAACCUGAACACAUGGCUUGCUCAGUGUUUAAUUGCAAGUUUUCAUUCUUGGACUUUAAAACACAAGAAUAAAUGUUUAGUAUUUGUGUGAAUCGAACUAAAAUGAAUCCCAUUUUUACAACUAAGCUAUUCCUAGCUUCUUGAUAUACAAGAAAUGGAAAUAAAGUAUCUUUGAAUUUCUGUUACAAAUUUGAUUGUCUCUGUCAUUGAACGUUUAAUAUUAAAUAAGUUUCUUUCCUAAUAAAUUUACUCAUGUCUUCAAGCUUA